ACCAAUCCUAUCUCUUAACACGAAUUCCUCAGGGCAAUUGCACUUCUCCCUGGAUUACCGUGGCAUUAAUUCAAGAGCAAUUAAUACGUCGACUGUGAUAAGACGUUUCUUCAACAGUCGCUGUCAGAUGACACUCGACUGCAUCAUCAGAUGCCCACCAUGGAGAAAUUUUCCACCGAAACACGUAAUGGUCACGCAAACGAAGGCUUUGACACUGUCGAAAAACUUCCGGAAGAUCUUGAAAAUUCGGGCUGUCAGUCAGAGACUCCACCUGUGAUACACCGAGAAGAAAAACCAGAAUGGAGUGGAAAUCUACAGUUCUUGAUGGCUUGCAUAGCGACAUCAGUGGGUUUGGGUAACGUCUGGAGAUUUCCCUACACAGCCUACGAGAAUGGAGGUGGAGCAUUCCUCAUACCCUACAUCAUAAUCCUGAUCCUAGUUGGGAAGCCUUUUUAUUACCUCGAGGCAGCGAUCGGUCAAUUUACCAGCAGAUCCUGUGCAGGACUGUGGAACAUAACUCCGGCGAUGAGAGGACUAGGAUUCGGCCAGGCGUUCGUCGGAAGCUACGUAGUCAGUUACUAUUGUUCAUUGAUGGCCCUUGCCCUCCUAUACCUAGUCGCGAGCCUUCAGAGCGUACUACCUUGGUCCUACUGCUGGGAUGAGUGGACAGAUCCCUGCGUGUCUCAACAUUCGAAUUUGAGUGAGAUACAGAGUUCCGGUCGAAAAGUUAUGGGCUCCGCUGAAUUAUAUUUUCGGAGAGAAGUCCUCCAAGAAACAGAUUCCAUAGAAUCUGGAAUUGGUUUGCCCUCCUGGAAGUUGACAAUAUGCCUGGCUCUGACCUGGCUAUGUGUUUUCAUCGUUCUCCACCGAGGGAUCAAGGAAACCGGAAAGGCCGUGUACUUCCUCGCUAUUUUUCCCUACAUCAUCAUGUUCACUUUACUGAUAAGGGCAGUAACUCUGGAAGGUGCUGUCAAUGGGAUUUUAUUCUUCGUCACUCCAAAUUGGAAUAAGCUCUGGGAUCCAAACGUCUGGUAUGCGGCCAUCACCCAGUGCUUCUUCUCCCUUUCGGUUUGCUUUGGACCAAUCGUCACUUAUUCGUCUCACAAUCGUUUUCAUCAUCCCAUGCAUCGGGAUGUAAUGAUUGUUACAACGUUGGACACUUUGACGAGUUUCAUAGCGGGAUGCACGAUAUUCGGAAUCCUUGGAAAUUUAGCGUAUGAAAUGGGGACUGACGAUAUCAGCAGUGUGGUCAGAGGUGGGUCAGGCCUGGCAUUCAUAUCGUAUCCUGAUGCCUUGGGGAGAUUCAGUGUCGUUCCCCAACUAUUCUCAGUCCUUUUUUUCGUCAUGAUAUUUGUCCUUGGGCUGGGAACUGCAAUGGCCCUUGCUGGAACACCCUUCCUAGCUUGCUGUGAAUACAUGCCCAAUGCGAAGAAAUGGGUUAUCACACUCGUCAUUUCCGUGGUUGGAUUUGCUGCUGGACUUAUCUAUAUCACUCCGGGAGGACAAUGGCUGGUGGCUCUUGUUGAUUACUAUGGAGGCACCUUAGUUGCUAUUGUUGUCGGAGUGCUAGAAAUAAUUUCCAUUUUCUGGAUUUAUGGGCUGAAUAACUUCUUGGACGACGUGGAAUUCAUGCUAGGAGUGAGGCCAGGAAUCCUUUGGAGACUCUGCUGGCUGAUCAUAACUCCUGCGCUUAUGAUCGUCAUCAUGGUUUACACGUUUGUCAUUUACAGGCCACUCACUUACGAUGGACAAUAUUAUCCCAAUUGGGCAUAUGUGAUUGGAUGGAUUCUAUUCUUGCUCGCAAUCAUCCAAAUUCCAGGAUGGAUAUUCUAUUAUGUGGAUAAACAUGACAAAUUACCCAUUGGGAAGGCAAUCAAAGCUGCAUUCGCACCAUCACCCGUUUGGGGCCCUAAACGUCAGGAAGAACGGCAGAAGUGGCUAGAGUUCAUCAGGGUUAAAAAAUCUUCACGAAAAAAGGGAUUGAGACAAUUAUUACUAGACUAAAAUAUAGUAGGAGAAUUCAUAAAUCAACUCACUUUAAAUUAAGCACAAAGAAAAACUAUAAGUUUAAUUAAAAAUAUAAAUCUCAUAAAAUAUGGAGAGAGAAUUGUUGAAGUAUCGUGUUGGUUAUAUAAAAUAAUUUACUUUGAAUAAAGUGACGUCAGGAGAAGUGUUCUUUUUACAAUAUAAUAACAAUAAAGAAAAUAAGAAACUCCG